CUUCCGGUACUUCCGGGUGCGACUGCCGGAUCGGUCCGGCGGGGCGCGGGACGCGCUUAGCCCGCCUCACUGUGUCUGACCGUCUGCAUUACCGUCCCUGCCCUGCUCCCAGCGGAGGGACAUGAGUGUCCCUGAGCCGCCGCUGUCGGACGGGGUCCUGCCAGGGCCGCCCGCCGGCCUGGGAGCCGGGGAGCGGACGCCCGGUUUAAGUGAUGCUUCUCCAGAUGAAGGGUUAAUAGAGGACUUGACUGUGGAAGAGAAAGCUGUGGAGCAACUUGCAGAAGGAUUGCUUUCUCACUACCUGCCAGAUCUGCAGAGAUCAAAACAAGCCCUCCAGGAACUCACACAGAACCAAGUUGUAUUAUUAGACACACUGGAACAAGAGAUUUCAAAAUUUAAAGAAUGUCAUUCUAUGUUGGAUAUUAAUGCCUUGUUCACUGAAGCCAAACACUAUCAUGCCAAGUUGGUGAAUGUAAGGAAAGAAAUGCUGAUGCUUCAUGAAAAGACGUCAAAGUUAAAAAAAAGAGCACUUAAGCUGCAGCAGAAGAGGCAGAAAGAAGAGUUGGAAAGGGAGCAGCAACGAGAGAAGGAAUUUGAAAGAGAAAAGCAGUUAACUGCCAAACCGGCAAAAAGGACAUGAAAAGUUGAAUGUGUUUGUGUGUCCUUCCCUCCCUUGUCCCACGUGCUUUGCAUUUAAGAAGACUUAAGUGCAGACUGAAGUUAAGGUAGUGCCUUAUACCAUUGUGUCCUGUUUUGAAAUCCUUUCCCCAAGAGUGCUGUCUCUAUGUGUUCAUUUUAGCCAUUUAAGACGCUUCUUCUCUCCCCACUCCCCAAGUAAAAGACAAAAAUGUCACUUGGUUGGAUAUUUAUGGGUAAUUUUUCAAUUUCUGUUUUACUUAAUUUUAAAAUUCAUUAUUUUGGCCUUGAAUCACUUAUUAACUGGAAAAUGGUUUGAUUGUUUUCUUAACAGACUAGACUUUAAAUGGUUAAAAAUUAGUAUGAGUGUUUUAGCUUCUGAAUAACUGUGGAAUUAAGUUUCAGUUUCUUAUUUUAUGAAAUGACUUGCCUCUUUUGGGAUCCAAUGCUGGUUUUUGGCAAUUGCCUUUUCAUUUCUUGGUUACGAAGGAAUGCCAGCUGUUUAAUCACAUAUGCUACUGGAAAAGAGGUGAUGGUAUUAAUCUUUGUGAAGAACAUGAUAGAAAAGUGUAUACACACUAAAUAAUAGCUUCUUAGGCAUAGGCGAGGUGAGCACGAUGCCAGAUAGAUUCCACUAACCAUGCACUCUGCUUCCUUGUAUUGUUGCCAUUUAGUUCUUAGGUAGCUUCUGGUUCAGAGUAGAUUGUAUCUAAAGUUUGGCAGGGGUGGUGGUAGAGCUGCCACACACUCAAAUAUGCUUAAAUAUUUAUAAUACUUAGUAAGAGUUGUCACACACUGAGAUACGGUUGUCAAGCUGAUACAAUAGUGAGCUCAACUUUUCAAAUGGAAGGUCUCAUUGCUAGUUCUGUCUUCUGAUUUGCUGUGUGGCUUUACAUGUGGUUAUUAAAAAAAAAAUGCUGAGAGUAGAUUGAUGGAUAUCAACUACUGGUUUUGUAGAUAAUGAUAAGAAUUGUGGAAAAUUGGUAGAUAGCUUCUUCACAAAAGAGGCAGCAUGAUACUGUUAGUGUUUUCUAGAUAUCCUCCCCCCAGUAUUAUAAGUAGAAACUUAUGUGAGGGAAAUGUGAAGUUUUAUUGUUUUUAAAAUUGAGAGUUUAUUAUUUACUGUUUUUAGUAUUCUUAAAUGUCUGGCUGGUCUCCAGUCUGUUACAUAGAGACUGUACAGAAUCUGUAAAGGUGUGUGAUUAGAAGGUAUAUUUUUUAAUAGUGUACAUUAUGUUUUUGGUAAGCCAGAGUCAGCGUCUGAUCACAUAUCAGGAUACUUAGUGAUGGAAAAGCAUUAGAUUUAGUAAGUUGCAUGCGAAGAACUGGUCUGGUUAAAGAAAGGUUUAAAUAGCUUGAAAGCCCUUUCCUUCUUUAAUGAAUGGUUUAUGAUCUCACAGUUCUCUUGACUUUGACCUUAUGUUUAAGAACACAUUUUAUUUUAAAAGACUACAUGUUGCCCUCAGAUACCGGCUAAAACGGCCUAGGGCAGGAUUCAAUAGUGCUUGCAGUACAGUGUCACCUGCAUGCUGAAUGUACUCAUUUAAAAUCUGACAAAGGCUGUGCUUUGUUUCUGAGUGGUUUGUGGACCAGCUGCAGUGAUUAUUUAAACACUGGUCCCUGCUCACCACUCUCAGUCUGCUGAAGCAACUCUGUUUGUUUUGCUUUUUAAAAAAAGUUCCCUCAAGUGAUUCAUGUAUCUUAAGAGUUGAAAAACACUUGCUAGUGGUUUAAGUUAGAGGUUCCCACACUAGGUUACAUAUUAUUAUCACCUGGGAACUGAAAAACAAAACAAAACACUUGAAAU